AUGUCCGUUGAAUUGUCCAAAGUAUCCAUCUUGGGUCAGGACACCAUUCAUGUCGGAUACCAGAUUCAGGAACACAUUGUGAAGACUACUCUGGAACAAUGCAAAUCGUCGACAUAUGUUAUCAUCAACGAUACUAAUGUCUACCAGGUGCCUUACUACCAUGACUUGGUUGAGCUAUUUGAGAAGUCUCUACCCGAGACUUCCCGUUUGCUCACAUAUGUUGUGAAGCCAGGCGAGGCUAACAAGACCCGUGAAACUAAGGCACAGAUUGAAGACUUUAUGUUGAAUGAAGGGUGCACUCGUGAUACCGUCGUUAUUGCAAUUGGUGGUGGUGUGAUCGGUGAUAUGAUUGGGUUUGUUGCUGCGACAUUCAUGAGAGGUGUUCGUUUCAUUCAAAUUCCUACAUCGCUAUUGGCAAUGGUUGACUCGUCUAUUGGUGGUAAGACUGCCGUUGACACCCCAAUCGGUAAAAACUUCAUUGGUGCCUUCUGGCAACCACAAUUUGUGUUUGUUGAUAUCAAAUGGCUAGAAACUUUACCCAAGAGAGAAUUCAUCAAUGGUAUCGCUGAAGUUAUCAAGACUGCAUGUAUCUGGAAUGGCGAAGAGUUCAGUAGAUUGGAGGCUAACGCCGAAUCCUUCCUUUCUAUUGUGAAUAACUCCCAAACAGUUUCUAUAUUCAGCCCUAGAGCCAAGGAAACAGUGGAGCUAACCUAUACAAACAUCGAAGCCAUAUUGGAGCAUAUCUAUAAGCUAGUUCUAGAGUCGAUCAAAGUGAAGGCCCAUGUUGUGUCCAGUGACGAAAGAGAAUCUGGUUUAAGAAACUUGCUAAACUUUGGUCAUACUAUUGGUCAUGCCUACGAGGCCAUUUUAACUCCUCAGGCUUUACAUGGUGAAUGUGUGUCUAUCGGUAUGGUCAAAGAAGCUGAAUUAGCUCGGUACUUGAAUAUACUUUCCCCAACACAAGUUGCCCGUAUGGUCAAAAUUUUGGCAGCUUACGGUUUGCCAAUUAGCGUUAACGAAAAGUGGUUUAAGGAGUUAACAUUGAACAAAAAGACACCAUUGAAUACUUUGUUGAAGAAGAUGAGUAUCGAUAAGAAGAAUGAUGGCUCCAAGAAGAAGGUCGUUAUCCUUGAGAAAAUCGGUAAAUGCUACGGUACUUCAGCACAAAUUGUUUCCGAUGAUGACUUGAGGUUUGUAUUGUCCGAUGAAACAUUGGUUUAUCCUUUCAAUGAUAUCCCUAAGAACCAACACAAGACUAUCACUCCUCCAGGAUCAAAAUCGAUCUCUAAUCGUGCUUUGAUCCUUGCGGCUUUAGGUGAAGGAACUUGUAAAAUCAAAAACCUUCUUCAUUCCGAUGAUACAAAGCAUAUGUUAAAUGCCGUGCAACAAUUAAAAGGUGCUACAAUCUCCUGGGAAGAUGAUGGUGAAACCGUUGUUGUCAGUGGUCAUGGUGGUUCGACUCUUACUGCAACAUCUGAUCCAUUGUAUCUAGGAAAUGCGGGUACCGCUUCCAGAUUCUUAACUACAGUUGCUGCUUUAGCAAAGAAGGACGGCAAUCAUGACCAUGUCAUCCUAACUGGUAACGCAAGAAUGCAAGAAAGACCAAUCGGGCCAUUGGUUGACUCUUUACGUUCUAAUGGUGUACAUAUUGAUUACUUGAACAAAGAAGGGUCGUUGCCAUUGAAAAUCAGCACCGAGACUAGCUUCAAAGGUGGAAGAAUCGAAUUGGCUGCAACUGUUUCAUCUCAAUACGUUUCUUCUAUCUUAAUGUGUGCUCCAUAUGCCGAGAACCCAGUCACAUUAUCUCUUGUUGGAGGAAAACCAAUUUCCCAGCUUUAUGUUGAUAUGACAAUAAAAAUGAUGGCAGCCUUUGGUAUCACAGUCACAAAAUCCGAAACUGAAGAGUAUACAUACCACAUUCCAAAGGGUAAUUAUAAGAACCCUCCAGAAUACGUUAUUGAAUCUGAUGCGUCUUCUGCUACUUAUCCAUUAGCUUUUGCAGCAAUGACAGGGUCUACUGUUACAAUUCCUAACAUUGGAUCAGCCUCUUUACAGGGUGAUGCUAGAUUUGCUGUAGAUGUCUUAAGACCUAUGGGCUGUCAUGUGGUUCAGACAGAAACAUCAACUACAGUUACUGGUCCAGAAAGAGGCCAAUUAAAACCAUUAAAACAUGUUGAUAUGGAACCAAUGACAGAUGCUUUCUUGACUGCUUCAGUUGUUGCUGCCAUCUGCAAUGAUGGUACCAGCAACACAACCACAAUUGAAGGUAUUGCAAACCAAAGAGUUAAAGAAUGCAAUAGAAUCGAAGCUAUGAUUACUCAAUUGGCCAAGUUUGGUGUCGCUGCUAACGAAUUACCAGACGGUAUUCAAAUUCAUGGUGUAAACUCCAUAUCUGAAUUAAAGACACCACCAGAGUCUGGUAUUGAAACUUAUGAUGAUCACAGAGUUGCAAUGUCGUUUUCGUUAUUGGCUGGGUUAGUUAACUCUGAAAAUAAGAGCAAGACUACCGUUUCUCCAGUGAGAAUUCUAGAAAGACAUUGUACAGGUAAGACAUGGCCAGGAUGGUGGGAUAUCCUACAUUCUGAACUAGGAGCUAAACUAAAUGGUGCUGAACCACUAAAAGCUAAAGCAUUGGAUUCUAGAAAAAGUGUGGUAAUCAUCGGUAUGAGAGCAGCUGGUAAGUCUACUGUAAGCAAAUGGUGUGCCCAAUCGCUCGGCUACAAGCUAAUUGAUUUAGAUGAUGAAUUCGAAAGACAAUAUGGUAAAGGCUCUGUUAAAGAUUUUGUUGCAGAAAAAGGAUGGGAUGAAUUUAGAAGGGAAGAAACUCGAAUUUUCCAGAAUGUAAUUGCGAAAUAUGGCGACAAGGGCUACGUAAUUUCUUCUGGCGGGGGCAUUGUUGAAAGUCCAGAUUCCAGAAAAGCUCUAAAGGCUUUUUCAAAUGAUGGUGGUUUCGUUUUACAUCUUCAUCGUGAUAUUGAAGAAACAAUAAUCUUCCUAAAUAACGAUCCAACAAGACCUGCCUAUAUCGAAGAAAUUAGGGAUGUUUGGGAAAGAAGAGAAAAAUGGUACCACGAGUGCUCCAACUUCACAUUCUUUGCUCCCCACUGCUCAAAUGAUAUCGAAUUUAGAAAACUAAAACAAGUGUUUAACCACUUCAUUCGUCGUAUUCUUGGUGUCGAGGAGGUCCAUAUUCCUAAAUCAAGAUCCGCUUUCGUCUGUUUAACUUUUGGAGACUUGGCUGACCAUGUGGAAAAAUUGGAAGAAAUCACUUACGGUUGCAAUGCUGUUGAACUAAGAGUUGAUCAUUUAUCUAACUAUUCUUCGGAUUUCGUCACCAAGCAAAUAUCUCUGUUGAGAACCGCAACUAACUCAUUGCCAAUUGUUUUCACUGUUAGAACAGUUUCGCAGGGCGGUAAAUUCCCAGACGAUGCUGAAAACUUAUUGGAAGGUCUAUUCAACGUUGCCUUGAAAAACGCUGUUGAGUAUAUUGAUCUUGAAUUAACUUUACCUAAUAAGUUAAUCUAUAAGGUUUUGAACAGAAAGGGUACCACAAAGAUCAUUGGAUCUCAUCAUGAUUUCGCAGGUAAGUUCAAGUGGGAUGAUUCAGAAUGGGAAAAUAGAUACAACCAAGCAUUAUCUCUAGACGUUGAUGUUGUGAAGUUUGUCGGUACUGCCGAAGAUUUCGCUGACAACUUGGCUCUAGAACGCUUCAGAUCUCAGCACACUUCGAAGCCCCUAAUCGCCAUCAACAUGACUGAGAAGGGUAAAAUAUCCAGAGUUUUGAAUACUGUAUUAACCCCGGUUACUUCCAGCUUGCUACCAAGUGCUUCUGCACCAGGUCAGUUGACUCUUGCUGAGAUCAAUAAUCUGUUCCAUAAAUUUGGCGGAUUGCCUGCCAAACAGUUCCUAGUUAUAGGUUCUCCUAUUGGGCAUUCUAGAUCCCCAAUCUUGCACAAUACCGGUUAUAAGCUCUUAGGUUUGCCCCAUAACUUUGAUAAAUUUGAGACCGACGAUAUCGAGCAAGUUAAGAAAGAAGUUUUAUCUCGUCCAGACCUUGGUGGUUUGGCUGUGACUAUUCCACUAAAGAUUCAAAUUAUCAAAUAUAUGGACGAAUUGACAGAAGCUGCCAAAACAAUCGGCGCUGUCAACACUGUAAUUCCUUUAGGUGACAACAAAUUCAGAGGUGACAAUACAGAUUGGCUGGGAAUCAAGAAAUCUUUAACAUCUAAUGGUGUUCCUAACUCUGUCCAUGGUACUUCUGGUUUGAUUAUUGGUGCUGGUGGUACUUCAAGAGCUGCAGUUUACGCAUUGAAGCAUCUCAAGUGUGAUAAGAUCUACAUGAUUAACAGAACUUCCGAAAAAUUGCACGACGUCAAGUCCAAUUUCCCCGAAGAAUAUAAUAUUGUUGUUGUCGAAUCAGCUGAACAAUUGGAUGCUAUCAAUGAUGAAAUUUCCGUUGCCGUAUCUUGCGUCCCAGCUGACAAGCCUUUGGAUUCUGAAUUGCUAAACAAAUUAGAGAGAUUCUUAGCUAAGGGAACAGGUUCUUUGAAACCAACCUUGCUAGAUGCAGCCUAUAAACCAACAGUUACUCCGGUUAUGCGGAUAGCUCGUGACAAGUACUAUUGGAACAUUGUUCCAGGCGCAGAAAUGUUAGUUCACCAAGGUGUUGAACAAUUCUCUAGAUGGACCCACUACAAGCCCCCAUUCAAGGCUAUCUUUGAAGCAGUUACGAAUGAAGUUUAG